GCUACCGUGUAACCGGAAGUUGAUUAUUGAAGUCAUUUUACUACAGACUAGGAAUUUUUGGGGCUCGCUCGAGGAAAAAGAAACGCUUCUUGGGAGUCUCUAUUCAUAAACUCGAUUUAAUAAGUAAUUCAGUGUAUUUUAGCCAUGUGGCAAACGGGUUAUAACUGCACAGCGGAAUAGCGUCAGACGAUUAGUUGAACAGAUAAAUUUGCUCUUGCUCGCUGUCAGGUCGCAUUAAACUAGCUAGGCACGUAGGAGUGAGCCGAAUCGGAAAGACUCGGAACUCUUUAGAUCACUUUGUUUCGGCGCUGAAACGAGAGAAAUACCCGGUGAGUGAAGUUAAAGUAGUGUAGGGUGCAGUAAUGGGAGCGCACAGGAGUGAGGGACGGAGAGAGUGGCUCCAGCAGGACGCUGGGGAGCAGCAGCAGCAGCAGCAGGUUCACUCCAUGAUCCCCUGGAACAUCAUGAUCAAGCACAGACAGGUUCAGCGCAGGGGUAGACGCUCACAGAUGGCCGUAAGUUAUACAGAUCCUGUCAUUUCUAUGGAUCUCUUGCGGACCGUGCUGCAGCCCAGCUUCAACGAUGACAUUUUGGCAGUCUUUAAAAAAUAUAUGAAGUUUUUUGAGAAGGCAGCAAGCAAUGUGAAGGAGAAUGUAGGAGAGGAUGUACAGACGGAUCAGCUCAUCAAAGAGGCAUGUCGAAACUGCUUGGAGCAUGCCAAACAGCUCUUCCCUGAUGCAGAGAAAACUGCCCAGAGACCUCUUUUUGAUCCCUCUGUAAAGCGCUCACGGCAGAUGGACGAUGAUUCCAGCCAAAGAGGAAGCCCAAUCCCUAAAAAAAGGAAGGGACGUCCCCCUCUGCCCACUCUAUCCUAUGACAGAACUGUAACAUACAGCGCUCCGAUGAAGCCUAAAAUAGCUGAGCCCAUAAAACGAGAAGGACCAAAGUGGGAUCCCGCCCGGCUGAAUGAAAAAAGCACAUUUGUUUUAGGAUCCAGGGCGAACAAAGCUUUGGGGAUGGGAGGCACCAGGGGAAGGAUCUAUAUUAAACAUGCAGACCUCUUCAAGUAUGCUGCUGAUGCUCAGGAUAAGCAAUGGCUUGCAGAGAGGCAACACAUGCGAGCCACAGGUGGAAAGAUGGCAUAUCUACUUAUUGAAGAGGACAUCCAAGAUCUUGCCCUAAGUGAAGAAUACAAAGACUGUCCUGAAUUGAGGUUGGAUGAAUUGAAGCCCUUCAUGGUACCUGUGUGGAUGGUAGAGAAGAUGCAGAAGACAAUGGAAGCUCAGAGAUCAGAGAAGGAUUAAAGAAUUGGGAGCUUGGCACCAUAAACAAUUUUUAGGGUACAAAUGCUGAUCUAGGAUCAACUCACUGUCUAUAUAAUAGAACUUAGUUUAAAGAAUAAUAGAUAUAUUCCCUGAUAAACGGCUAGAAAACUGAUGCCCGAUCCGCAGUCUUACUCUGAUCCAUACAAUUCCUAAUGGCGUAGUUAGAAUUUACCCGUUCAGAAGCAGACUAAGGGAUCAGGCCAUGCACACAUUCAUAAUGAAAUGAAGCUCAGUCUCAUUUCCAUUAUUUUAAUUUCUGUGAAUGUUUUUGUUUCUUAAUACACAAUAGAUAGACGCUGACCUUAUAAUCAAGCUAAGCAAUUUUCUCUUUGUGUGCACCUACAUGCUGGAAGUGUGAACAGUUAGAGCUGAACAACUCAGUAUUAUUAGAGAUGAUAUCCGACAUAAUUUUUUUUCACCUUAAUCACAAAAGUAGCUUUAAAUAUCUAUAAGUAUGUGUAUAUAUGUAUUUUCUUACAUGGGUUUUGUAUGAAAUGUCUGCAUAUGUGUGCACUCGUUGAUAUUGUGUCAUUGAGUACUUUGUCCCCCUUUACCUUUGAGUUAUCUGGAAGAAAUACUUUCUGAUAGCCUGUGAUGUGUUUUACAGGAUACCAGAGAUUUUCCUUCUAUCUUUUUUUUUUUUUACACCAAAAGGGAAUUUAUUUUGCAUAUUGUAACCCAUCAUUUAUUUUCCUUCAGUUACAUUUAAAAUCUUUAAAAGGAUAAGGAAACUUUUCUUUUUGAGAUGUAGCUGUAUUGUAGUAUAGUAAUAAGAAGUGUGACUGAUGUACUGUUUGUGGUGGAGAAAUGAGAACAGUAUUUGACAUGCCUAGUUUGUUACAUGUUUUACAGUGAAAAGGGAGAAAAUGUAAGUUAUUUUGAAAAAUAAAAAUAAAAAGCUGUUUGUGGUGCGAAAUAAAUCGUUAUAUUCUAUGAAAA